GUGUGUGUAUGAAUCGUAACGAAAAAAACAAGCCGCGUCUUCCUCGCAUUGCGCGUCAUUCAAACAGGACUCGGUGUACUGCUUUUCCCUCUGUUGCAUUAGUAAUAACAGCGGCGUUGACUGGAGACAGCAGGAGAGAGUGUAUGUGUGUUUCUCCGACAGCGGUGCCCAGCGGAGGAAUAUUGAGCUUUUUAUUUACUCUGCAGCUUGUUGUUCAUUUUCUCUGCGUUAUGGUGAACUUGGACAGUCACGUGUGAAGAUCUUUGCAAGUGUACAGGACGGAGACUUCUCACCUGGUGUGUCCCUUUGACUUUUACCGCGAGGGGAAAUAUACCUGCGGUUUUUUUGUGCCUCAGAUAGCUGACAUCGCUGGAUUCCUUCCACUCCUGUGACGGACAACAACUGCAAGUUCUCUCCCUAAGGCAUGAAAUAUGCCAACUCUGCAUCCGUAGAAAAAAGCAGACGACAAACACUGUAAAGUCCAAAGUGGUUUUAAAUCAUGAUGAUGCAGGAGUCGGCCACAGAGACAAUAAGCAACAGUUCAAUGAGUCAAAAUGGAAUGAGCACCCUAAGCAGCAGCCAAUUAGAGGCUGGCAGUAGAGAUGGGAGAUCAAGCGCUGGUGACACGAGCAGCGAAGUAAGCACAGUCGAGCUGCUGCAUCUGCAACAACAGCAGGCACUACAAGCAGCGAGGCAAUUACUCUUGCAGCAGCCAGGCAGUGGCCUGAAAUCUCCAAAGAGCCAGGACAAGCAGCGUCCACUGCAGGUUCCAGUGUCAGUGGCCAUGAUGAGUCCCCAGGUGAUCACACCACAACAGAUGCAGCAGAUCCUCCAGCAGCAGGUCCUCUCCCCGCAGCAGCUCCAGGCUCUGCUCCAGCAGCAGCAAGCUGUCAUGCUGCAGCAGCAACACCUGCAGGAGUUUUAUAAGAAGCAACAGGAGCAGCUUCAUCUGCAGCUCCUGCAGCAGCAGCACCCUGGGAAACAGGUGAAAGAGCAACAGCAGCAGCAGCAGCAGCAGCAGCAGCUGGCCGCCCAGCAGCUCGUCUUCCAGCAGCAGCUCCUGCAGAUGCAGCAGCUCCAGCAGCAACAGCACCUGCUCAACAUGCAGCGGCAGGGCCUGCUCUCGCUGCCCGGGCCCGCGCCAGGCCAGGCCGCCCUGCCCGGACAGACCCUGCCCCCGCCAGCCGGCCUGAGCCCCGCAGAGCUCCAGCAGCUUUGGAAGGACGUGACCGGAGCCGGCGGCGGCCAUGCGAUGGAGGACAACGGCAUCAAACACAGCAGCAGCGGUGGUGGAACCGGCACGGGCGGCGUCGUCAGCGGCGGCCUAGACCUCUCCACCAACAACUCUUCUUCAACUACCUCCUCCUCCAAUCCCGCCAAAGCAUCACCGCCCAUCUCUCACCAUUCCAUCGCCAACGGACAGUCCCCAGUGCUCAACCACAGACGAGAGAGGGAACGGGAACGGGAAAGGGAGCGGGAGAGUUCACUACAUGAAGAAAGCGGAGGGACCCACCCGCUGUACGGUCACGGUGUUUGUAAAUGGCCCGGCUGUGAGAACAUCUGCGAGGACUUCGGACAGUUCCUGAAGCAUCUAAACAAUGAGCACGCCCUCGAUGACCGGAGCACAGCCCAGUGUAGAGUCCAAAUGCAAGUCGUACAGCAGCUGGAAAUACAACUUUCUAAAGAACGUGAGCGUCUUCAGGCGAUGAUGACCCACUUGCACAUGCGGCCCUCGGAACCCAAGUCAUCUCCCAAACCACUCAACUUGGUGUCCAGCGUCACCAUGUCCAAGAACUUGCCCUCAGCAUCGCCCCCCAACUUACCUCAGACGCCCACCACGCCCACAGCACCCAUCACACCAAUGGCUGCCAUGCCUCAGGUGCCAUCAGUACUGGGAGGAGCGAACGUGCCCAGCAUGGGAGCCAUGCGUAGACGCCACUCGGACAAAUACUCCAUGCCUCUUUCAGGUGGUGACACAGUAUUUAUUUUUCCAGAGAUUGCCCCAAACUACGAGUUUUAUAAGAACGCAGAUGUCAGACCGCCAUUUACUUAUGCAACCCUCAUAAGACAGGCUAUCAUGGACUCUGCUGACAUGCAGUUAACGCUUAAUGAAAUCUACAGCUGGUUCACGCGCACGUUCGCCUACUUCAGACGCAACGCCGCAACUUGGAAGAACGCCGUGCGCCACAACCUUAGCCUGCACAAGUGCUUUGUGCGCGUGGAGAACGUGAAGGGGGCGGUGUGGACGGUGGACGAGGUGGAGUACCAAAAACGCAGGUCACAGAAGAUCACAGGGAGCCCAUCACUCGUCAAGAACCUGCCCUCCAGUCUCGGCUAUGGAAGUGCACUAAACGCCAGCUUACAGGCUGCCCUGGCAGAGACCUCCCUCCCUCUGCUCGGGACCCCCGGCCUCAUGAACAGCGGCUCCGCAGGCCCGAUGGGAGGCAACUGCCACGGCCUCCUGGGCGGCGACCCGUCCGGCCUGACGGGCGGAAGUCCACCUGGACUCUUGGGCGGCAGUCCACCUGGACUUCUGGGCGGCAGCCCCCCAGUCACGCUCAGUGGCAGCCCCCCUAACCUGUCGCACUCGGUGCACGAGGAGCUGAACGGCUCGUUCGACCACCUGGACACUAACGGACACAGCAGCCCCGGAUACUCCCCACCUGUACACAUGCCGCCCGUUCACGUGAAGGAGGAGCCACUCAACAUGGACGACGACGACUGUCCGAUGUCACUGGUGACGACAGCCAAUCACAGUCCGGAGCUGGACGACGACCGGGAGCUGGAGGAAGGGAACUUAUCAGAAGACCUGGAGUGACUAGGAUACAGCUUCUGGUCGACGUAUCCCUCCGCCCCGCCGCACUGUUUCUCUCACACAGACUAGAAAAAAAAAAAAAGAACCACUCCACAAUCCAAGCAAAACCACAGCUGACUCUCUCUCUUGUCUCUCUCACCACUGGGACUAUUUAUUGAGCAUGCAUCCGGAUGGAGACCGGUCCAAAGGAACUCUUUGUUGCAGCCCUUUGGGAUCCCCCUCGAACAUGACAGGCAUGAGAUGUCUGAUUAAAAAAAACAACUCCUUGAGACCUAUUUCUUUUGAGAUGGCGUGGCCACGUACAGUACAAGGAUGAUGGACUCAUGGAUGGGGAAAAAUAACCUAAAACAAAUGAGCAAGUCGUGUUCUGUUGAAAGCUAGCGGCCUCAUAUACUGCCAAAAAGGAAGACGUUUUAUGUUUGUGAAUAAUCCAACCCUUCCCCCCCAGUAGUUGUUAACGUCUAGAGACAAUUGCUGGUUCAAUUCAAGUUGUUGCUCUGUUAUCAUUUGCACAGGAGUAGUCUCAGAAGUUUGUGUCACUGCCUGUAUGUUGCUACUAUUAUAAAAACCAGUAUAUUAUUUUUAGCUCUUUUUUUUUUUUUUACCAUCUUUUAAUUUCAGAAAUAUUUUUUUGACACCACCAACUGUAAAUGCCAUUCCCUGAAUCGCACCAGAGACGGAAAUGUGGUACCAAGACUGUUGUUGCAGCUGUCCAGAAAAAAAGAAGAAAAAAAAAAACAGAAAAAAAGGUUGACUUCCAGUCUAUUAUCUGUUUGUGAUUAAAAGUGAAAAACUGGAAAUUCAGUUGGGACAAGUUUGUGUAAAGCACCAUUUACAAAACAAAUGCAUUUCUGCAUAAUUUUCCUUCUUGCUGUUCUCUUUUACCUCCUCGUUCGAAAGCUUUGUCUACCUGCAAACAGUCACAGGCAACAGCUAGAAACCAAAGCCAACACUAGCAAUGGCCAAUAGCUUAUAGACAGAAGGCACCAAACUCCUCUUGGUCUUCUGCCACUUUAAACUAGUAACAAAGAGAAGCUUUUGUUCCACAAACUACCUUCGAAAAACCUCUGGGAUUGUUUCAUUUAAGCCCUAUACAAAGAUGAUCACGAGUUAAGAGAGAAGGGGAAGGAAAUGCUGAUUUUGAUGUGUAAUUUGAGAACUCUUAGAGCGUCCACUUUGGGGAUUUUUCUGCCAGACGUACUGUAGGUAAAAAAGGUGAUGUGAUAUUUGAUCUGCAGUCAUUUUUGUGCUGGUGAUUUGCCUGGUAGAGAGCAGCUAACUGUUAAAGUGGAUUAUGACCAAAACAAGACAUUUGUGUAUUCAAUGGAAGUGCAGAAACAUUGUGUUAUUGUGAAAUUUAUUUUGUUAAACAUCACACAUCAUUGCUUUUAUUUUGUAGGGGUUUUAAUUUUAUGUAUUGUCAAAGUGGGACUGUCAGAAUAAUGUUUUUUUGUUUUGUUUUGUUUUGUUUUUUUUUCCGAGCCGCGUCAAAAACUGAAAACAUCGCUAACCAAACAUGAAAAAUAUCUAGUAAAGCCAAAUAAUUCAUGAUAACAAGUUGAAAUGAUGUGGCUUGGUCACCAGGAGAAGCAAAUAAUAAAUAGCCAUUGAGGAAAAGGAUAUGGAAGGUUAGCCUUUUCUAGGUGAUAUUUGCUUUAACUCAUCACUCAUCAUGUGCUUCAAACUUUAACGCUACAACACGGAUGUGCUCUGUAAAGGUAGCCAGCUUUUUAUAACACACCUGGUGUUUACAGAAACUAAAGAGUAGUCGUCAUUCCAUUUCCCCCACUGCUAAUGUCAUCUAGAAAAGUGUUGUUGCUUUAAUGGUCACUUCUGUUUUCAGUAAACCAAAGUUACACAAAAUUCUGCCUCCUCUUGUAUGGGAUAAAGAGAUGCUAAAGCAACCGCGCGCACGGACCCCGAGCUAACUUUCGAAGAGUGGCUUGUGCUGUAACAACCGACCGAAGUGCAAACACUGUGUUUCCUAGUGUUGCUAAGGCUAACACGCAAACACGUGCAGUACUGUACAAAACACACGGCAUGUAAAAUACACAUAAGUCAAGAGGGUACUGGGCCCAGGAACAAAGCUUAUCCCUUCAAUACUUAGCUGGAGUCAGCACUUGAAGACCAUGUUCUUAAUAAUCUUAUCACACCAAAUAAAAAGGACGCUGCGUCUUUCAAAAAAAAGAAAAAGAAAAAAAAAAAAAAAAAGGGUUCUCCCACUUACCCAAAAAGGCUUUGGAAAGCUUCUACCUCUGCACAACAAAUUUCCGAACAAUUCUGACAGAUUGCACGAGUUUUAGGAACGCCACAGGAGCUGUUACACUUUCCUACGCUUGUCUCAUAGGACGUGGCUCGAACCAACGUUUACAUUCCCUGAAAGAUUUGCAUUGUAAUAGGUUGUCCUCAAACAUUUGUAGAAUGAUAAUGUAUAGAUUACCUGUAAGGGACUAUUGUGUUUAAAAUGCAUGUCUAAAAAUCAUUUGGUGGACUGGAAACAAGAACCAAUAAAAGAAUAUAAUAAAAAUCAUCAGAAAGAUGGCCGUACAAUGCAUCGGAGUGCAUUACCUCAGAUAUACUGUUUUGGGAGGGAUAAAACCUGUCAGCCACAGAAUGCAUAUUACCUGUAGAUUUGCAUGGGUUUUGUAUAAAUUAAGUAAAAAAAUGUCUAAAAUAGUUGCUUGCACAUAAUACCAGAAAGACCUCCAGAACUGCGAUCUGCUCCUCCACUAGAUUUUAGGAUUGUCUGGAUUUUCUGGGUUGAUUUUGUCUGUAUUUUGAUAACUGUGCAUACUUAUGUAAAAAAAAAUGUUGGUGGACCCAUAAAAUUUACCAGACUUUUUUCUAAGAGGAAAAAAAAUCUCAGUGUUUCUUUUCUGACUUACCUGAAUUUUUACUGUUUCUCUCUCAUUGCUCGCUAAGAAUAGCAAACCUGCUUUUUCUGCAUCUGCUUUGCGUAGCUGUAAGGCUUAACCUAAUGUGUGUAUUUAUUGCUUGUACCUCUGUGCAUACUUUAUGAAGCAUUAUGUCUGGCAGUUGAGUCAUGUAUCCUUUCUACUGCUAUCCUUCUCUAAUUGGGAAUAUGAUCCCCCUAUGUAUACAGUAAAUUGGGACUGUAGCAAACAUAUGUUUAUGUAAUUGGUGAAAACUUUUUAUUUUUGUUUCAUUUCCUUUUGAGAUCCUUUUUUUGAUACUUUCAUUACUGUGUACUGUGUCCAUACGUUAAAGGUUCUCUGACAUUAGAAGGUCAUGGUUGAGAAUUGUAACAGACGUUAUUAUUUUCUGUAUUCAUGGCAUUUCACUGCUGAAUAAAAUAAAGGACCAAAACUUGG